AUGUCUUCUUGUUCAGGCUUUGUAACACUGGACCAGCUCUCUGUGACCUGUAAUCAACAGAGUAUUUGUGCUGUGAAGGGGUCAGAAGUGACACUGAAGUGCUUUUACUUCAACAUCAACAUCAAAACUGUGUUCUGGUUCAGUGAGAAACAAAGUACAAACUGGAGAAAAAACAAUGAACCUGAAAAUUUGACUUUAGACUCAGACUACUCAGGACGAGUGAAACAUCAGAUCUCAUACAGCUCUUCAACACUCACAAUAUCAGACGCGAGAGAGAGAGACUCUGGAGAAUAUCAGCUCAUGUUCAUCAUGAAUGAUGGAGUUAAACAUCUCAGAUCAGCAGCCGUCAGUCUAACAGUCACAGAUCUGCAGAUGACUAAAAAUCCUGCAUUUACAGACAAGAGAGAUGAGAGAGUUAAACUGACCUGUAAUACAUCCUGUGAUUUGACCCCUGGAGUUCGUUAUUACUGGAUAAAGAAUGGACGGCAUUUCACAAAUACAGAGUCUGGCAACAUGUUUGUGUCACCCAGCAGUGAUUCUGGCAGCUUUUCCUGUUCUCGUGAUCAAAACCUUAAACGUCGCUCCUCUUCUGUGUGUGUUUCUCAGAGUGUCUGCUGGGAUGUGACUUACACCUCUAGAAGAGUCUGUGCUUUGGUGAACUCAACAGUAGACAUUUCCUGCACAUACACACAUCCCUCUGGUCAUACUGUAAAUAAAACAUUCUGGCAUUACGGUCGAUCUAGGGACGUCAAGGAUCUGCGUGAGGAGCAUCAGUUUGCUGGUCGUGUGGAGUAUGUGGGGAACAAACUGAGAAUCAAAGAUCUCAAGAUCAGCGACUCUGGAGAAUAUCGAUUCAGGAUCAUCACUGACUUAAACCAAUACUCUGGAUCACCUGGAGUCAUUCUUACUGUUACAGGUGCAGAGAAAAAAAGCAACAAAGCUGUUGUAUCAGAGAAAGAGGAAGUAAUUUUAAGAUGUUCAACUAAUUGCACUUUGAAUGAAAAUCAUACUUACAUCUGGUACAAGAACGGACGACAGGUAACAGAUGGAUUCACUAAAGUCAACAAGCUGUACCUGGACUCAGUCAGCAAUGAAGAGCUUCAACAGUAUUCCUGUGCUGUAGGAGAUCCAGCAGUCCAGAUUAUCUCAAGUCCAAAGGCGAACACAGCUUUACUGAUCACUGUAAUCAUACUCUCUGUGUUUCUGAUUUUUACAUUGAUAGGAGUCCUGUGGUACAGGAGGAGAAAGAAUAACUCACCUCAACAGUAUAAGGACAAUAAGGGAAGUGUACAGUUGGGUUCAGAUAUGCUGUAUGAAAAUGCUGCAGCCUUGUCUACGGUCUACACACAGCAAGUUCACACAAAGGAUCAGGAUGUUCAUUAUUCAACUAUUAAUUUCAAGCAGUCUCACACAAAGAACACAUCAUCAGCUCCUACUGCUGUAGAUUCAACCACAGAUGAUGUUCAUUAUGCUGCUGUGAAGUUCAGCUGAAACUUACCCAUUAUUGGCAGCUGUUACUGUCUGCUAUAUUGUGAGCUUUUGCUCUUGUCUAAUGUUUAUAAAAGUCAUGCGUAUUUACAUAUAUUUUAAACAAUAUUUUACAGAAAUAUAAAAUGCUUUACAAAAUAUAAAAUGUUGUGGUGAGUGAUUCAGUGGGUGCCCAAAGAUGUACUGUAUUUUUUUUUCUUUUCCAAAUUUUAAAAACAUCUUUUUAAUAUAUACAGUAUGUUUCAUAAACAAACAAAUAAAUUUUAGCAUGAAUAUGUCUAUGAGAACAUGAUUAAGC